AACGCUAAAACGUUUCUACUCUUCACCUCAUUUUCUCAGUUUUGCAGUCCAACGUGUUCAGUGAGUUGUUUACAAAAUUGCAAGCUGAUUAGUUGAAUCUUUCUUUAAAACCAAUCGCUUUCGCGUAAGCAGAGCAGAUCUCUUCAGCUGGUAUUGAAUUGCACUUUGUGUGGUAAAUGGAGCGGGGCAGAUUCUGUGGAUUUUGCGCAUGUUUUUUUUGCGCAAUCAGCUGAUAGUCUUUGAGAUGUUUGUAGAUAGUAUGGUACUACUUGUUUAUUGUUUAUAUGUAGGUUAAGCCACUUUCAUUAAAAUCAUUUAACUGGAGUGUCUUGCAAAUAUACCCAUUAAAAUGUUGGAUGCAUGCAGAGCCUGGUUUGAAACGUUGCUUUUUAAACGUCGAUUCUAGCGAUGCAGUGGGGUGUACGUUUUAGAAGCACUAUAGGUGCGCUGGUGCUACCAGAGCUACCAUCUUUGUAAUCAGCUACAGCGUUGGUGUCACGUUACACUCUGACUUAUAACUGCACUGUUUUAUAGAAACACUGUUGCACUGUCGUUGAUUUCUGUCAGUAAAUAAGCAUCCUCAUUCUUUUUUUUUUUUUAAAAGGUGGGAAAAAAAUCACACCAGUACGUUAAUUACUUCAUCAUUAACUCAAAGUAAGCCAAUAAAACAAUGCAUGUACUCGGGUGUGAAGGCGGCUCUGCUCCUCAUGAUUACUGCUGUUAAAGUACCAAGGCGCAUGGCGAUAAGAAGGCAUAAGAAUGCCAGUAAUGUGCGUUUCCUCGACUGGCUGCUGUUAACCAAAGUGUAGUUCUGUGGAAACAUUUCCACUUUAAUUAACAGUUGACGAAAUGUACUUACCCCCUUGUAAAACGGCUGUAGAAAAAUGGUCAGUUGUCUCAUAUUUUGCCAGUUGGUAGGGAAACGAAUGUCUUUCAUUUUACACAUGAUAAAAUUAUUUAACUGUUUGUUUCUGCGAUCAUUGGUGUGAAUUCAUUUCAAGUUGGCAUUGUUAUCAUUUUUUUCAAGCUCUUGCUUUGAUAGUAGAGUAAAGGUAAGAUAAAAUUCAACUGUUUUCAUGGCUUCUUUUUCUGGUUAGAGUUGCAGGGGACUGCAGCCUGUAAUAAAAAGAUUACAAGAUGUUAUUUUGGCAGACUACACCCAGCCCAACAUAUAGGUGUAGCGCUCAGCUGCUCUGUCUGCCAACCUCAAAAUUUGGCUGGAGGGGUAGCUUAGGUGUGUUUUUCAACAACACACCUAAAAGCUGUAUUGUUAAGAACGGGACACAUGCAAAUGUGUAUUGCACUUUAUAAUCCAAUUUGGAAAAGCCUCUAAAGGAGAAAUGGGACUCCUGGCUGUUAUGCCUGAAGCACUUGAUGAUAUCAGCACAGUAAAAGCACAGUGCUUUGAUGAGCGAACUGCUUAAUCCAUUGUGUUUAAACCAGUCCAUCUCAUAAACCUUGAAGAAACUGAGUGAGACUAUUGAUCGCUUUACUUUUAUAGAGUUGAUCAAGUUUUACGCUGAAAAUGGAUCAUGUGGGCAAGCUGGUCUCUCCAGUAAAUCCUGUAAAAUAUUGUACAGUAACCGCUGUACUUUUUGAUGCUUUUGUCAAAUGAACAUUUUAGGUCAGAGAUCAAGUAGCAAGGGUCAAACAAAUAAAAAAUGACCAAGUCAAAUGGUCAGUGUGACUAGUUUCAUUGAUUACUAUGGACUGCAGAGUGUGGCCUGGAGGGUAAUUUGAGGUCUGUGUGUGUGCCUCAUGAUCGGCCAGUUGGUCUUGUCCUUUCUCUUUCUCAGCACACACAUAGUGUAUUGGAUGCAGGCUUACAGCAGCAUGUGUGGGCAGUGCAAUACAGUAAGAAGGCUACUUAGGCUAUAUGUGCUGACAUGUUGGAUGGGGACUUAUAGAUUGUUCUGGGCUAUUGUAUCUAUAUGUAGCUGUCUGUUCUAUUUGGUGGUUGCCUGUUCAGAGGCUGUUUGGUUUGUUCAGUGGAUAAAGCACCUCGGGACAGGGUUGUUGUUGUUCUUUAAGAAGAAGAAUGUGGAAUGUAGUGCUGAUAGCCAGAAGGUUGCGCAGUGUUUAACGGCUGAAGGAGGAGGGGGGGGGCUGGCAGGUCUGUAAAACCUUGGACCAUACAAGAUCUCUUACUCGCCCAACAUGAUGUCCUCAGUCAAAGCAUUAGAUAUCAGGUCAUGUGGGUUGGGGGUUGUUGUCUCGCAAGACAGAGGUCACUUUAUCAUACCAAUCAUAUGUUCAGUUGUCGGUGAAGUGGCUGAUUACUGCGCUUUUAGUGAGGGCACGCACUGUGAUGUAUGUGGGCACCAGUUACUAAACAGGAUUGCUGGUGAAGGUCUCAGUGUUUAUUUAGUUUUUUUCCUGAGGACAUUCUAGAUGAACACGAUACUCAAGACACAGCAGAGAUGCAAAGUUAUUCAUAUUAAAUCCAUGGCAGCAGGAGAAAAUGGUAGUUGGAACGCUUUCAGUGCAUAAAGCAGAUUCAGGUUUCAUGUUUCAAAUGAGAGUUUAACAAAGUCCUUUUUCAGCAAUGAAAACUGUUACAUAUAGCCUCAUCUUAAAUUCCAUUACCUCCAACUGCCAGAUACUAAAUGAACUAGUACUUUUCUGGUGUUUCUGACCACUCACAGCAGCGUUCCCAUUAUAAGCUAUAGCCUCUCAUUCACACAGAUUCAUAUGGCACUCGAUCCAAUGCAUGCAGACACCCACACUCACAAAACUGGGGAUCGACUCACAGACCUGAUUAGCAGACACUUGAGGUGGUGCACGUGUAGGAAGAGAGAGACGAGAGAGAGGGGAAAGAAGGACGGAGGAAAUGGAACUGCCAAAUCAUGCCAAACAACUGCUGCUGCAACUCAACCAACAGAGAGCCAAGGGCUUCCUGUGUGAUGUUAUCAUUGUGGUGGAGAAUGCUCUCUUCCGUGCCCACAAGAACAUCCUGGCGGCAAGCAGCAUCUACUUUAAAUCUUUGGUCCUCCAUGACAACCUCAUCAACCUCGACACAGAGAUGGUUAACCCCUCGGUAUUCAGACAAGUUCUUGACUUCAUCUACACUGGGAAGCUACUGUCCUCAUCAGACCAGAGCAAUGAGCAGAACUUCAGUGCCCUCUUAACUGCAGCCAGCUACCUCCAGCUCCACGACCUUGCUGCUCUGUGCAGAAAGAAGCUUAAGCGCAAUGGUGGGAAACCCCUGCCAGGUAAACCCUCCACUCCAGGUCCCCUUAGCCGCUUACGUCUAAACAACCAGCGGCUUUCCUCUUCUACCCCUACUGGCCACAAUAACCACUAUCCUCCAACCCCUUCCGAUGCCGACCAGCCACAGCCAGAUGAAGGCCUUCGGGACAAGCUCUCAGAUGACGAGAUGUUUGUUGGCACCUCUGGGAAGAACGGGAAUGGGGGGAAUGGAAGCAGUAAUGGUAACCUCAGCAGCGGAGGAAGUGCGGGGGAACCGGACCUUGGACUAGACCUCUCCAAGAAGAGUCCACCCUCUGCGGGCACAGCCACAGAUGCCCUCAGCCCACACAGCAACUCCCAAGGAUCCCCUCAAUCUGCCUCAGUAUCGACAACCAACAGUGCCUCACUGGAUGAUUCGUCUACCACCUUGCCGGGUGCAGACACCUGCAUCUCAGAGACCGUGGACCUCAACUCCUCCUCUAAAACCUCAGAGGAAAUCCAAAACCAGCCAGAGGGUCCUCCACCACAGAAAAAGUCCCGACAGGGAGCUCGAAAGAAUGAAUGGCCUAAGAGAGAGGCUUCAGGGUUGAAGUCUGAAGAUCACAGCAGGCCCCUGGUUAAUGGGGUAAUUGUUGGUCCUAAAGAUAGCCGCUCAUCUGGGAUUGGAGGUGGCAGUGGGAACAGCUUCACAUCUGACCAGUCCUUCCAGUGUAAGGACGAGGAAGAAGGAGGAGAGAAUGGCCAGGAUCACAGUGAGGAAAGUGGUCAGAGUGAUGGAGAGACUGCAGGAGGUGGAGGGGGAACAGCAGGGGGGCACCACAGCGCCAACUAUGUGUACAGGCAGGAAGGUUUUGAGCCAGCAUUUGGAGACAACCUCUAUGUGUGUAUUCCCUGUGGUAAGGGUUUCCCCAGUUCUGAACAGCUCAAUGCUCAUGUGGAGACGCAUACUGAGGAUGAGCUCUACAUCAAAGAGGAGGGAGGAACCUUUGUGAAAGAGGAAGAUGAGGAGGAGGCCGAGGACCUUUCUGCCACUGUAGGUCCUUCUACCUUUGGUUCUGAAACGCGCCCAUUCAAGUGUACAGUGUGCAGUAAGAGCUACAAAGACCCAGCAACCCUGAGACAACAUGAAAAGAGCCACUGGCUGACCAGGCCUUUCCCCUGCAACAUCUGUGGCAAAAUGUUCACCCAGAGGGGAACCAUGACACGCCACAUGCGUAGCCACCUCGGCCUGAAGCCAUUUGCAUGUGAAGAGUGUGGCAUGCGCUUUACACGCCAGUACCGUCUGACAGAGCACAUGCGUGUCCACUCUGGAGAGAAGCCGUAUGAAUGCCAGCUAUGUGGGGGGAAGUUUACCCAGCAGCGCAACCUCAUCAGUCACCUGAGAAUGCACACCUCACCCUCUUAGAAAUGCAUCAAGCCAAAGAACUCUGGGAAUAGAAAAUACAAACCUUUUCUCCAUCGCAAAAGCAAAGAAAUGCACACAUACACAUAGUUCUACAUAUUAAUCCAGUUUAUGAUGCCCUGGCUAAGUGAAUGAUGUAGCCGUUAGCCACAGUGUGCUCUUGGUGAUGGUGGGAUCUUGUUGAUGCAAGGAUUCAGUUGUUGUUUAUAUCGAACAACGUCUGCUCACCUCUCAGGAGCUCUAAAGGGACAGUUUACUGCUGUCUCUCUCCAAAGUCACAAAGCAAUGGUGGAGUUGCAUAACGUCUGGUCUGUUAAAUGUGAAUGUGGGUACUGAUAUAAUGUCAAGCCUCUCACUUCAUACCCUUCAGCAGCUUUUCUCUCUUCUACCUUUGAGUCUCUGAAGUUUUCAGAUGACUCAAGAGUCCCCUGUGUACUCCAGUGCUACUUUGACCAAAAAAAACCACGUGCAAACAAUACUGGCAAUAAUUCAGCAAAAAGAUUAUUUUAACCCUGACAGCUUUAUAUGCUUCGUUGUGUUGGUUGGUGAUGGGUAUCUGUAUAUAAAGCCCUUUUCAGACAUGGGAUAUGUAACAUUGCUCGCUACCCCAAUCUGUUAAAGUGAUGGCCUUCUGGCAUACAGACAUGAUGACUUCUACAUCCAUAUUUCUCACAGUUAUACCGUCAUAGAUGUGAAGGUGAUGAAGAGAGUUGCUAGAUUUGGCAAAAAAUCCCAAUCAUGAUUAUUUUGGUCAGUAUUAAAUUUUUUUUUUAUUUUGCACAGUUGUUUCCAAACGAUUGUGUAAAAUAAAUCAAACUAUACACAGUUUUUACAGAGGAUUUCAUUUAAAUCGGAAUAUAAUGUAAAAAAAUAAGGCUUGAAAAGAGUUGAGGUGGUGGGCCAUUAGGAAUAAAGAGCUUGAACUUUUGGCAAGGAGCAAAACUGUACUACUGUAAAGGAAAGCAGUGCACUCAGGAACACAAUGUAAAAUCUUAGAAACAAAAACAAACACAGAAAAGUAAUUUUUUUUUCUUUGCCAAUUUUGUUUUUGUAGUUCUCUUUGCCACUGACACUAAGUGUGCCUGCUAAAUAGUGCUGCUGCAUGGACUGUACGCCACCGCUUUCCCCCAGAAAGAUCUCUCCUCAGGAUUGGGAACAGCAAACUGUAUUAGAGAGUAAUUGUUUUCAUCUUACUACCACAAAGAAGCAGAUCUGGUGGGAUAAAAUGCAGUUAUGUGCAUGUUAUUGUUUUUCUUAUGGGCUAAGCAACUCACAUCUACGCAGGUGUUCAGUCACAAUCUCAUGUCUGCAUGCAUUCAGACUUCUGCUGUGUUAAAAGCUACACAUAAACGGUAUCUAAUGCGAAUUCUGUCACUACUUUUACAGAGAAGUAACUUGGUGUGCUCAUUGAGGCACUCAGAAAACAUGUCUGAAAGGGGCUUAAGAGGAGGGGUAACUGGGUUUGGGACCAUCUCCAUGCUUUAACUGGAAGUUCUUGAAAGAAGGUUCACGUUGGAGGACACUGAUUUAAGUUUUUGUUUCACAGAUGACAAACACUCAGUCUUCUCUACAGCUGUUUGCAUUAAUAUAGAGAAGAUUUUCAUUGUUUUCAGAUUUGCCUGCUAGUGCUCCCAGGAAUGAAACCUGGUUGGAUGAUGAACCCUUGAGGUACUUGUUUUUUGCUUAAACAACUUGUCAUGUUUCAGUGAAUGUUUAAACUGGAAGGUCUUGGGAUUUUUCUUGUGGAGGGGAGGGAUCUGGGUUGGGUUGGGGCAGGGCGGGGCGGGUGGAUUCGUGGGGAUAAGGUGAAGAGGGUGUUUUUAGACUGAGCGUUAUGUUCAGUGGGUACGUUUAUUUUUCUGUCUGUAUAGCUUUCCUCCCCUCAGAAAAAAGAAAAGUCUAUUUAUGUAGGCUUGUGACCUCUCUACCUCUGAUUACUCUUACAAACUCUAUGUUGAUUAGUUGAAAGUUCCUAUGUAAUUAAUUGUAAAAAGUGUGUAGAUUAUGGUAAGUUUUUAUCUAAUGCUUUAACCUGCCCAUCUCUCAACACAGGUUUUUAAUGCUUAUAGAUUUUACACAUUAAUAUUGUUCUUAGCUGUUGUUUGUACUUGUCAGAUAUAGCUUUUGGGUGCCCUGUUCAUUGUGGCUCCACUUCAAAGUGUACUGUAGCUUCCAGCCUGGAGCAACUAGUGCUUAGUUGGUUAGUUUAGAUAUAUAGAGUUCCAAAGAUCUUAUGAAUGUUGAGGAGAACAGAGCUAACUAACAAACUUUGCUAGACAAGUUCAUAACCAAAGUUUUUAAAAAGAUGUACUUAAGAUAUAUAGCAUACUAAAUUAUUUCACUUUUGAUUUCUUUUUGCUGUAUAAAACAAAUUAUGAAUUAUAUUCAAAGUCCAGAGAAAGAAAUCCACUCUUGAUGGAGUUUUUGGCCAAUGACUGACAAAGGGUCUUGUGGAUUGCAAGGAAAGCUUGUGCUGAUUGGUGGGCUGGUAUGACGUAAACUUUACCACCCAAAAAAAUUGGUAAAGUUUAUUUUAAAAAAAACAAACAAAAACAUGUUCCCUGAACAUGUUUCCUGUUUCCUUUUCAUUUAUAUCCAGAGUCCUUAUCACUUUAUAUUCCCUGACUUUAAAAACAGGACUUGAUGACAUUUUCUGUGUUCUGUUCAGACCAAAAAAGAAAAAGGAAAAAAAAAGAUAGAAAAUAUAAUCAGAAUUUUAAUGUGAAGUUCAACUUAAUUGUUUUGAUUUUGUUUUUUUGUGAGCCAGACAUGUGAAAACUUGUAAUAAGAAGGGAGAAGCAGAGAUGCACUGGACAGCUGGACAACUCGCUGGUCUCUUGCGGCAUCCUUUUGUUCCUGAUUGUAUUCCAUUAUAUCACAGAAUUAGUUUUAACUUAUUUUUAAACUAUUUCAAGCUUUACCUCAUUGUAAACAAUGACAAGUUGAGAAUGGCCCCCCGUUGUCUCUUCUGUUUCACUCAAACCUGUCCAGUGUAUCGCCUCUUAACAGUUACUGUAGAGUAUGAACCCUCACUACAAGUUUGUUUUUUUUUAAUUUUUUUUAUAGGCAUUCCUCUGUUAUGUUGGUUUACCUGUCCUCAUGAUUAUUUUUUUUUGUAAUUCCUUUUCGUCCUCAUGUUAUGGUCUGUGAAAUGUUUGAUUAUUAUAGGGAUGCAGCUACAGUUACACAAACAUCACUACCGUUUUAAGGUACCUGCGUCUUGGGCUCCCAGACUUGUUACUUAUGUUGGAUGUUGGUGUCUUGUUGUUAGGCAGUUGCUGUUUAGUGAUUGCAUGAUACAUCUGAAUUUUUCACACUCCUCGAUCCCCACCCCCCCAUUCCUAGAUCCACAAACGUGUUAUUUAUCGCCUGAUACAUUGUUGCUUGUGACCUCUUCUAGCCGAAGAGGGAGUCCACAAUGCAUUGCCUUCAAACGUUGUUGUACUCGCAGCCCUUACUGCAGUACAGUGUAAUGUCUGUAAUGCAAAAGGUGUUUUGUACUACACGAUCUCUAGCCAUCUCUGCAAAGGUUUUUGCAGCUGCAUUUGAAUGCUUGCUUGUUCGACGUAACGAAGAAAAAAAAAAAAGAAAG